AUGCAUGGUGUUCAAUUUUGCAAAUUUAUUGAAAGUCACUUACGUGUUCAAUUGGUUGAACAAAUUGAAAAAAAAGUUGAUAUUAUUGAAUAUCUUCAUAUUAGACCUCUAAAAUUGUUGGAUUCUGAGAAAUGCCCAAAAGAGCUUGAAGGGAAAUUAAAAGGAUAUGAGGAUUGGCUUUGUACCUAUUGGAUAGUUGGAAUAGAGAUUAAACAAAUUACACUUGAAAAAGAUAAACCUGUCAACUUCAAAGAGUUAAAUUUAAAGAUAAAAACGAUGAAGGCGAAAUUAGCUAAAACCUAUGAAAAUGAAGUUGGACAACUUGGCAUACCUAUACAAUUAGAUAUGAAUUUUGGAAUAAGAUUCAUGGAAAAAGAAAAUUUGAAAAAAUGGUGUGAAGAAAAUUUGGAAGCUGGGAACAAAUGCUAGAAGAUUAAAAUGUUGAUAUUUAAGCAAAUUUUUGAGUUUUAAAAUAUUUUUAUGAAAAGGUUCCGUUUUUUUGAGAAUUAUUAGCGAGUUUUUAUACGAGGUCCGACUAUAACGUAAAUGCUGA